GGCGUUAGGACUCAGGGGAAAUCUCUCGUCUCUGUCUCUCUCCCCCUCCCCCUCCCCCUGCUUUCCCUCCCCCUUCUUCAAUCAGUUUGUGCUACUCAUCAGAUCAGGAUAGCAGCUCCAGCUCGGAGAUACAUCUCCAACUCUGAUGUACCAAUGCAGGGGAUAUUUGCCAGGCACACAGAGAGACAGCUGCACUGCUAUAGCGGGGAGGGAAUGUGAACUCCAAUAAAGAAUGAACCGGAUUACCGCUAUUGUCUUUCUGGUGCAGCUGUUGCAAAAAGCAGAGGGGCAGGUCUUCCCAGGUGGUUGUUCCUUUGAUGAACACUACAGUAACUGUGGUUAUAGCGUGGCACUGGGGACCAAUGGAUUUACCUGGGAGCAGCUCAACACUUGGGAAAAGCCAACGAUGGAUCCAGCUGUCCCGACUGGUUCCUUCAUGAUGGUGAAUAGCUCUGGACGGGCAUCUGGGCAGAAAGCUCACUUGCUGUUGCCUACCUUGAAGGAAAAUGACACUCACUGCAUCGACUUUCAUUACUACCUGUCUAGCAGAGACCGCUCCAGCCCUGGCUCGUUGAAUGUGUACGUGAAGGUUAACGGUGGUCCACAGGGAAACCCCAUCUGGAACGUGUCAGGGAUUGUUACUGAAGGUUGGGUGAAGGCAGAGCUUGCCAUCAGUACAUUCUGGCCACACUUUUAUCAGGUGAUAUUUGAAUCCGUGUCUUUGAAGGGACAUCCGGGGUACAUAGCUGUGGAUGAAGUCAGAGUCCUUGCCCAUCCAUGCAGAAAAGCACCUCACUUCUUGCGGCUGCAGAAUGUGGAGGUUAAUGUGGGACAGAAUGCAACAUUCCAGUGCAUCGCCGGGGGAAAGUGGUCUCAGCACGACAAACUCUGGCUCCAGCAGUGGAAUGGAAGGGACACCGCAUUAAUGGUCACCAGGGUGGUCAAUCACAGACGGUUUUCCGCUACAGUCAGCGUAGCAGACACGUCUCAGCGCAGCAUCAGCAAAUAUCGGUGUGUCAUUCGCUCGGAUGGUGGCUCUGGCGUUUCAAACUAUGCAGAAUUAAUUGUGAAAGAACCUCCGACGCCCAUUGCGCCCCCUGAACUGCUGGCUGUCGGCGCCACCUAUCUGUGGAUUAAACCCAAUGCCAAUUCUAUAAUUGGAGAUGGGCCUAUAAUACUGAAGGAGGUGGAAUACCGUACAACCACUGGGAACUGGGCAGAAACACACAUCGUAGACUCCCCAAAUUACAAACUAUGGCACUUGGACCCCGAUGUGGAGUAUGAGAUCAGAGUGCUCCUCACCCGCCCUGGUGAAGGGGGCACAGGGCCACCUGGGCCUCCACUCACAACAAGAACAAAAUGUGCAGAUCCAGUCCAUGGACCUCAGAGUGUGGAAGUUGUUGACAUCCGCUCCCGGCAGCUGACCUUGCAAUGGGAGCCCUUUGGUUACGCGGUGACCCGUUGCCACAGCUACAACCUAACAGUCCAGUACCAGUACGUGUUUAACCAGCAGAAGUACGAGGCAGAGGAACUCAUCCAGACAUCCUCACAUUAUACCUUGCGAGGCCUUCGGCCCUUCAUGACCAUACGGUUGAGGCUAGCUCUUUCUAAUCCAGAGGGCAAAAUGGAAAGCGAGGAGCUGGUGGUACAGACUGAAGAGGAUGUUCCUGGACCUGUUCCCCUAGAAUCCAUCCAAGGAGGACCCUUUGAAGAAAAAAUCUAUGUUCAGUGGAAGCCUCCAAAUGAGACCAAUGGUAUCAUUACACUCUAUGAGAUUACAUACAAGGCUGUUGGGUCCUUGGAUCCCAGUGCUGACUUGUCCAGCCAGAGGGGAAAGAUCUUCAAACUAAGGAAUGAAACUCACCACCUCUUUGUAGGGUUAUAUCCAGGGACUACCUAUUCGUUCACCAUCAAAGCCAGCACAGUGAAGGGCUUCGGACCUCCCAUCACAACACGGAUUGCAACUAAGAUUUCAGCACCAUCUAUGCCUGAAUAUGACAUGGACUCCCCCUUGAAUGAAACUGACACGACCAUCACAGUCAUGUUGAAGCCUGCUCAGUCCCGUGGAGCACCUGUCAGUGUCUAUCAGCUUGUUGUCAAGGAAGAGAGGCUGCAGAAAGCACGGAGGGCUGCAGACAUCAUUGAGUGCUUCUCAGUUCCAGUGAGCUACAAGAAUGCUUCCAGCCUUGACUCACCCCAUUACUUUGCGGCCGAGCUGAAGCCCAUCAAUUUGCCCAUCACGCAGCCCUUUACGGUGGGCGACAACAAGACCUACAAUGGCUAUUGGAAUGCUCCACUCUCACCACUGAAAAGCUACAGCAUCUACUUCCAGGCUCUCAGCAAAGCAAACGGAGAGACCAAAAUCAACUGUGUCCGACUGGCGACAAAAGGAGCUUCCACCCAGAAUUCCAAUGCAGUGGAGCCCGAAAAGCAAGCUGACAACACAGUGAAAAUGGCUGGGGUUAUAGCUGGCCUUCUGAUGUUUGUUAUUAUCCUCUUAGGAGCAAUGCUCACCAUCAAAAGGAGAAGAAAUGCAUAUUCCUACUCCUAUUACUUGAAACUAGCAAAGAAGCAGAAGGAGACUCAAAGCAGCACUCAGAGAGAGAUGGGUCCCGUUGCUACUUCAGACAAGAACACCACCAAACUCAGUGCAGUUCACAACGAAGAAGCUUUUUCUUCCAGCUGUCAAGAUGUUAAUGGAUUCACAUCAUCCUCUCCUUGUUCAUUUUCUGUCCAAAGCAAAACCCUUCAGAGCAAAUCUUUGUUGAAUUCCUACUAUUCAGUAUCAUCAGACACUGUUCCAUCGACUGCACUGCUAGAGAGCAGCCAUGGGGAGAUGACCCAGCCAACUCUGACCAUCCAGACCCAUCCGUACAGGAACUGUGAGCCAGUGGAAAUGUCCUAUCCCAGGGGGCAGUUCCAGCCAGCCAUCCGAGUGGCCGACUUGCUACAGCAUAUCACCCAGAUGAAACGAGGACAGGGCUAUGGAUUUAAAGAGGAGUAUGAGGCUCUACCUGAGGGGCAGACGGCAUCUUGGGAUACGGCCAAGGAAGAUGAAAACCGCAAUAAGAAUAGAUAUGGGAACAUCAUCUCCUAUGAUCAUUCAAGAGUGAGACUGCAGCUGUUGGAUGGAGACCCUCACUCAGACUACAUAAACGCCAACUACAUAGAUGGAUACCACCGGCCUCGUCACUACAUUGCAACUCAAGGUCCCAUGCAAGAGACGGUUAAGGAUUUCUGGAGAAUGAUUUGGCAGGAGAAUUCUGCCAGUGUUGUCAUGGUCACCAACCUGGUGGAAGUUGGCAGGGUGAAAUGUGUUAGAUACUGGCCAGAUGACACAGAGCUCUAUGGAGAUAUUAAAGUCACAUUAAUUGAGACAGAGCCAUUGGCAGAGUAUGUCAUACGCACAUUUACUGUACAAAAGAAAGGCUACCAUGAGAUCCGAGAGAUUCGGCAGUUCCACUUUACCAGCUGGCCAGACCACGGGGUUCCUUGCUAUGCCACAGGCCUCUUGGGCUUUGUUCGGCAGGUGAAGUUCCUCAAUCCGCCUGAGGCAGGGCCUAUAGUUGUGCACUGCAGCGCUGGUGCUGGAAGGACAGGGUGCUUUAUUGCCAUUGACAUCAUGCUUGACAUGGCAGAGAAUGAAGGUGUCGUAGACAUAUUUAACUGCGUGCGAGAGCUACGAUCCCAGAGGGUCAAUUUGGUACAGACAGAGGAGCAAUACGUCUUUGUACAUGAUGCUAUUCUAGAGGCAUGUCUUUGUGGCAACACAGCAAUUCCGGUUUGUGAGUUCCGAUCCAUAUAUUACAAUAUCAGCCGACUGGAUCCACAGACAAAUUCCAGCCAGAUAAAAGAUGAAUUUCAGACCCUCAACAUUGUGACGCCGCGUGUUCGGCCAGAAGACUGCAGCAUUGGCCUCUUGCCAAGAAACCAUGACAAAAAUCGCUGCAUGGAUGUGCUGCCCUUGGACCGGUGCCUCCCUUUCCUUAUCUCUGUGGAUGGCGAAUCAAGCAACUACAUCAACGCUGCACUCAUGGAUAGCCACAAGCAACCUGCUGCCUAUAUUGUUACUCAGCAUCCUUUACCCAACACUGUACCAGAUUUCUGGAGGCUGGUGUUUGAUUACAACUGCUCCUCCAUAGUGAUGCUGAACGAGAUGGAUGCUGCACAGCUCUGCAUGCAGUACUGGCCAGAGAAAUUGUCCUGUUGUUAUGGUCCAAUCCAGGUGGAGUUUGUUUCAGCAGACAUUGAUGAGGAUAUCAUCAAUAGGUUAUUCCGUAUCUGCAACAUGGCCAGGCCCCAGGAUGGAUAUCGUAUAGUACAGCAUUUGCAGUACAUUGGCUGGCCAGCAUAUCGGGACACGCCUCCAUCCAAACGCUCCCUCCUGAAGGUGGUCAGACGGUUAGAGAAAUGGCAGGAGCAGUACGAUGGGAGAGAUGGACGCACUGUUGUCCACUGCCUGAAUGGCGGUGGCCGAAGUGGCACCUUCUGUGCCAUCUGCAGCGUGUGCGAAAUGAUUCAGCAGCAAAAUAUCAUUGACGUGUUCCACAUAGUGAAGACAUUACGGAAUAACAAAUCCAAUAUGGUGGAGUCACUGGAACAAUAUAAAUUUGUAUACGAGGUUGCACUGGAAUACUUGAGUUCGUUUUAGCCUAGCAGAGAGGGGGGUCUACUGGAUUCCAGAUCCCCAAGUCUGAAGAACACUUUUUUCCCGCACUAAAAGGCAGUAAUGGGAGUGGGGAGGGCCAGACUCUCCACACUGAAGCAAGGGACAGAGUGUACUGACCUCAAUGCCAUUGGGAGGACGAGGUGAUCCCUGUGUUUGCUGCUGCCUGCUUUCUAUCGGAGCAUCUCCCGCUUCUUAAAUAACCUAGCAUACAAAUUGGCUAAACAGGAGACGGGCUGGAAGACUCUGCUUUCUAAUCCCCUCCAACCUCUUCUCUACCACUUUGGAUGUGUAUUUUUGCUCUCCUUGAUACACAGGAAAAAAUACUGGAUGUUCUGUCUUUUAAACAGCUCCUUUUUCUGUUCUCAAAUCCUAUCCUUUAAUUUUUGAAUUUCAUGCAUCAGCCAUUUGGAAAAAUGAGAGAACCACAGGGAACAUGUGAGACUUUGGGUUACAAUUAAUCCACCUGACCUAUUUUUGCCAGUGAAAAUGCUAUCAACAAGAAGUUGACAUUCUCUUCCCCUGCCUCCUGUUCUCCCUAGACAUAAGACUAGGUGGUGGAACUGGGAAGCUGUUCAUGGAUUCGCUGCACCAACUACUGCUACACAAGCUUUUCCUUCCAGAUCCUGCUUGACGUCCAAGGCUGUGCGUGAACUGUUUCCAUCUCUCUGAUUCAUGUUAGUGUCCCGGCUGGUGAAGAAAAUAAUUUAAAAAAAUGGGUUCACAGCCAUUUGAUCAAACAAACUCUCCAUCAAACCAAUUGCAUUUGGUUUGUAAGUUUGGUCAUUUUUUACCACAUUUUUCAAGCAUUUGCUGGGGUGCAGUGUCUCUUUAAAAAGAAGAGCAUAGAGUAGAUAUGUUGAUGAUUAUGAUAUAGUAUAGAUAAUUAUUAUUUAUAUUUCUGUAGGACCUAGGAGACCUAGUCAUGGACCAGGCUCUCAUUGUGCCUGGUACAGACAGAACAGAAAGAUAAUCCCUUCCUCCGAGUUUACAGUCUAAGCGUAUGUCUCCAAUGCAGAGUUAUUCUGGGUUUUUACCUGAGUUUUAGCCCAGCCUCUCUCCCCACCAUCCACACAGGAAAACUUCUGACCUGAUUAUGGAAAGGCUUUAAAUCCAGACUAUCUGAUCCAGCUGGGGAUGUGGAUUAGAACGCAGGGUCCUCUUGAACUCUAUCCAGAACCUGAUCACUUUGCAGUGAGGAUGGAGGUUAAAUCACUCAUGUGCUGAUAGCCCUCCAAUGCCCUGUCCACAAUUCCUCCCUAAGGAUAGAAAGUUAUUCCGUAAUCGACUGGGAAAGAAUCUUAGAGCAUCUCAGAAAAAAUAACAUGGGAUAUGCCUCCAGGCACACAUGGGUGAGUGCAGAAGCAGCGAGGACACACUAGCAUGGGUAGAUUUCAGAGUAAAUUUGUUAGUGUCUAAGGUGCCACAAGUACUCCUUUAACAUGGGUAGCUCUUUGUAGUGGGGAUGCUCACACCUGGGUUAACUGUGCAUUGUAGACAUAGCCUCCAUAUGAUUUUAAUUUGGGGAUUGACUAAGCUUUCUAUGCUGUCUGGUUCCAAACUGUUGUACAAUCAGACCUAAUUGUGUGAUUAUCCAGCUCUCCAGGCCAUGAGAUUUCUAAAUGGGAACCCAUUCAGGCUGUAUGAAAGGUUACGCACAUUAAACACAAAACUAAUUUGUUGUUUGCUGGUUUUGUGAAAAGGUAAGAAAAAUGUUUCAGCAGCAUAGGAAACUUUACAUCACAAGCCAAAAGGUAUUUGCUUUGCUCUGCAAAAAUUUCUGCAUUAAAAUUUCCAUUAAUUCUUUGAAACAAGCCCUGGGUAUGUGUUGCCUUAGCCUGUAGCCCAGUCUUAUCUCUUUGUAGCUAUAGAAAAGUGUGUUAACUGGUUAAUCAGAAAAUGGUUGGAUUUUAAUCUCAGAGUGUAAAUUGAUUUCGAUGAACCAGAUCUUUCAGUAUUCAGGAUUUUUAUUUAUUUAGCUCUCUGUCUUAAGGCAGCCGAGAUAAGGUGGCUGUCUGCAUUUGGCUAGAUUCUGGGAAGUGCAGGCUUUUUAAAAUCUAGACUUUCCAUUAAAGCUUGACUGAAGAAAAGAGUUUAACAAAACUGUAACUCCUCAUCCUUCAACCCUUUAGUUUUCCCACCCUUUUGUCAGUACCCAGAUCCUUCAACCCCAGAGCCUGUGGUUUGACCCUCUGUCGCAUUGAUUUUCCACAUGUGGAAAGCAAUGUAACUAUGUCUAGCUUCAGCUUUCAGUCACUGGAUUGCAUUAUACCUUUGACAAUCAAGCAGACAAAGAUAUAACACAAUCCAAUGGCUGGAAGGUGAUGUUAGACAAAUUCAGACUGGAAAUAAAGUGUAAAUUUUUAACAGUGAAGGUAAUUAACCAUUAGAACUAUUUACCCAAGGUAUGGUGGGUUUUCCAUUGCUGGCCAUUUUUAAAUCAUGAUUGGAUUUGCUGUAGUUCAAAGAGAAUUAUUUUGGGGGAAGUUCUGUGGCCAGACUGGAUGAUUACCAGGGCUCUUUCUGGUCUUAGAAUCUAUGAAUUAGUAUUAUUUUUCUUUAAAAAUAUAUUACCAUGUAUCUUAGUUCAGAAGGCACCCUUGCGUAGUUGCCAGUCUUUAGAUCUUCCACGUUAUCAAGAGACUUUGGAUUUUAGGUUGUCUUUACAAGUGAGUGUCCUGAAAUAAGGUAGCAAGUAAGUCCAAUUUUGUCCCUGAUGUUUCCUGCAUGCUGUACAAUACCUGUGUCCACCCACAUCUGUUCCCUUGUGCCUUUUUUGGGCUGGUUCCUUCUAUUGUUUGAAACAAAAACCCAAGAUGAUGUUGUGUAACUGUAGAGGAGUGUUUUGUGCGUGUUUGCCAUUUUAUGAAAACAGAACUUCUCUUUUUGCCACCCUCCAUGCACAGAAUCCUAAAAGACACUAAGAAGAGUGGAGAAACUGUUGUGCAGGGACUGAAAAGGCAGGUAUGAAAAUUAGUGGUUAGAUGACAGGUAGCAUGUUGUAACUAUGUGUUGCAACAAGUGUGCUGCUAACUUCUACGUGCACGGAGGAGGAAAGGAAGCACUACACAGCAGGCCAGGAUUUUUCUCCAAUUGCCAAAAUUAAGUUAGGCUUUGUCUAAAUUGGCACCUUCACCAAAGCUUUUGUCGCUCAGGGGCAUGAAAAAACACCCCUCUGAAUGACCAACAUUUUAGCGACGAAAAGCGCCAGUAUGGCCAGCGCUUCAUCAGUGGGAGACGUGCUUCUGUCGACGAAGUACUGCCCCUCACUGGGGGUGGUUUUAUUUUUUCUCCAGGAGAGCUCUCUCCUGGCAAUAAAGAGCAGCAACACCGCGCACCUUACGGUGGCGUGACUGCAGCAGCACCAUCGUAAGGGUUGCAGUGUAGACGUUGCCUUAGUGUCGGUUCAUUCAGUCCAGAAAGUUAAAGGGAAUCAAAUCCCUUGCAAAGAAAAAGUGCUGUGCAUUUGAACACAGUUCACUCAUUUUCAGCCAGGCUAUUUAAAAAGAAUUGGCUUUCUCUUCCUUGAAUUCUUCCUGUUUGAGGGCCUUGGUUGUGUGUUUGUUGGUUUGUUUUUUAUUUUUAUUAUUAUUAUUAUUACUAUUAUGUUAAUCUUUUCAUAACAUAAGUUUUCUUAAGACCCCAUCACUGCUUACAAUGAAGUUACUAUCUUGAAAACGUCACCCAGUAUUCAGUCUGUGUGCUACAAUUGUACAUGGAAAUUCACAAGAACAUACUAGCAAUUAAGGUCUCUAUCUGAAUCAGAAAUAGGACACACUGGAUAAUAGUUCAAACAAAAAGGGGCAGAAAGGUGGGCAAUGAGAUCUGUCAGUGGCAGAAAGGAAGAUUAACAGGAAUGUGAGAAGCGGGGGCAGCUCCAGGCUUAGGGGUAGCAUGAAAGAAAGUGGAUAAAUAGACAAAAGUAGCAGCUACAAAGGAGGCUUGGGUGGAGAGAAGUAGGUGUCAGACUUGAGAACAGAACAUAGGUGGGAGUAGAGUUGUGUAAGGCCUCAAAGGUACAGGUUUGAGUUCAUUGACUUGGUACUCAAUCUAAAUAGAUAAAAGAGGUGAUGGGCAUUGUGUAGAGGGACGGGGGAUGAAAUAGUACCAGCCAAGGUACAGCAUAAAGUUGCUUAUUAAAUCCUAUUUGAAAUAGCGUAUGCAGUCCUGGUCACCAUACCAUAGGAAGACUAUUGCUGCCUUAGAGAAUGCAGCACACAGCAAAAAAGAUACCAUCAGGUUAGAAGAAUGUAAAUAUGAGUUAAGGUUAUCGGAGUUGGGUUUAUUCUUCUUGGAGAAAAAUAACUUUGAAGUGAGCUAACAGAGGUUUUAUCAAUCCUGAAAAGGAUUACCUUUAAUAAGGCUUUUGGUAUAGUCCCCAAUGACAUUCUCAUAAGCAAGCCAGGGAAAUAUGGACUAAAUAUAACUACUAUAGGAUGGGUGCAUAACUGGUUGAAAGACCGUUCUCAAAGAGUAAUCCUCAAUGGUUCACUGUAAAACUCUAGUGGGGUGCUGCAAGGAUCUGUCCUGGGUACUGUACUAUUCAGUACUUUCACUGAUGACUUGGAUGAUGGAAUGGAGGGUAUCCUUAUAAAAUUUGCAGAUGUCACCAACCUUGGAGGGGUUACUAGCACUUUGGAGACUAGAAUUCAAAAUUAUUUUGAUAAAUUGAAGAAUUGGGCUGAAAUCAGCAAGAUAAAAUCCAAUAAAUACAAGUGCAAAGUACUGUAAUUAGCAAGGAAAAAUCAAAUGCACACAUACAAAACUGGGGAAUAACUAGCAAGGCAGCAGUAGUGCAGAAAAGGAUCUGGGGGGUUUAGUGGACUGUGUGACAAUAGUGUGAUGCUGUUGUGAAAAAGGCAAAUGCUAUUCUGGGAUGUAUUAGUGUAAUAUAUAAGAUACAGGUGGUAAUUCUGCUCUGUGUGGCACUGGUGAAGCCCCACCUGGAGUACUGUUCACGUUUUGGGCAUCAUAUUCAAGAAAAAUGUGGAGAAAGAGGAGAUAGUCCAAAGUAAAGCAACAAACUGAUAGGACAUUUAGAAAGCAUGACUUAAAAGGUUGAAAGAAUUGUGCAUGUUCACUUUAGAGAAUAGAAGGUUGGGGGGCAUCAUAAAUCUUCAAAUGUGUAAAAGAGGGAUGGUGAUCGGUUGGUUUCCAUGUCCACUGAGGGUAGGACAAGAAGUAAUUGGCUUUGCAGCAAGGGAGAUACAGGUUAGAGAUUAGGAAAAAAAAAUUAACUCUGGGACAGUUAAGCACUGGAACACAUUACUAGGGAGGCUGUGGAAACUCCAUCAUUGGAGAUUUUACGAACCAGUUAGACACAUACCUGUCAAGGAUGGUGUAGGCAUACUUAAUCCUACCUCCAUGCAGGGGUAUGGACUAGAUGACUUCCUGAGGUCCAUUCUAGUCCUACAUUUCUAUGAUUCUUUGAAAAACGCUAGAGGAAUUUAUUUGAGGAAUCCAUUUUUUCAUUUGAAAAAUAGGAAAAUUUAGUAUUGACAAUAUUUGAUCAAUUCUAAUGAAGAGUCUUUAUCCCAGUUUACAACCACUCCUCAAUGUCCAUAGCAUGCUGCUUAUGGAUGGCACAAUACUGCCCUGGUGAUAAUCUAAACUUCAAGAAACUAGGAACAAUUAAGGAAACAGGAAGAACUCAUGCAAAGGCUAAUUAAUAUGUGGGAUAAAUUGCUCAGAAGAUAACUGAAGCAAAGAAUCCCAGGGUUAACUAGAUGAGUUGCUGUAAAUGAAAGAGACUAAGGGUUUAUUUAUAUGAAUAGUUAGUGCACAGCAAGCUGGAAUUUGAAUCUACUGUGUAAUAGCAUGCUGUGUGCUAGGUAUGUGUGGCGACCCUGCUACCACACACUAAAAGUUCCCUAGUGCACUUUGAUCUACCCUGCUUUGAAACAGGAGGAGAUGAAAGUACAGUAGGGAACAUUUAGUGUGAGGUAGCAGGGUCCACAUGGACAGUUAAUGCAUGACACGCUAGUAAGCUGUAGCUUUAGGUCUUAGCUUGCCAUGCAUUAACUGUUCGUAUAGACAAACCCAGAGUGGUUCGAUCAUGGGGAUUGGGGUGGGGGGCGAGGGGGGCUUUAAAAAAAGAAGCAGGUAUAUUAGAGCAGCAGGUCUUCUCAUAAUUUUUUUUACCUUCACAUAAUAUCUUCAAAAUUAGAUCAUGGGCCAGUUAUUUAUUAUUUUCAAAUUUCUUUUGGUGUGAACAGAGCACGUUAUAUAGUGUAUAUGGACCUGCAGCGCUAAAUGCAUGGCAAAUCAUGAAGAGUUUCUCCAUUCGUGGGUGUGUUAUCACAUCCAUGUCAUUUGUGGAAUUCAGCCAAAUAACUAGUGUCAUCAGGCUGCCACCACAAUGAGUAGACACAAGUAGUCUCAUUGAACUCACUUUCGAGACCCCUGGACAAAUUCUGCCUUCAGGUACACUAGUGCAAGCCCAGUGGAGUGUAAAUGAGGCCAAAAUAUGGCCCUUGGAGUCUAAUUCUAACUUAAGGCCCAACUCCUCCACCUUCACUCACAUUCAAUACUACCUUCCACAGAUGAGUAGUCCUGUUGAAGUCUGCGGGACUACUUACAGGAGUAACAUAUGUAAAUAAGCAUGGCAGAACUGAGUCCUUGGGUAGCAAAUAAAGGUGAUUUUGGUGAUCUCAUUCUUGUCCACAAUUUGACAUGACCAGUCGUCCCUGCUCAAGAGAAACUUUGGACUGGAAUAACAAGAAGUGCUUUAGUUCAUGACUGAAGUGCUUUGACAGAGUUGUAUAGAACAACUAUAUGGAACAUAGUGUCUCCUUGCACCAUGCCUUGUGCCAGCCAGUUUUCAGUGCUCUGCUGGGUAUCACUCUAAUCAAGUUUUAAGCAUUUAAGUUUGUAAUAUUUACCCCUUGUUCUCUGUGCAUGAGCCAUUUGGCCAAAUAAAAGGUUUUCGCAUCUAUAGAAAAGCUGUAGUCUCUGGCUGUUCCCAGUACUCUGAGCCAUUCUUACAUAUCCCAUAACAUCAGCAGUCAGCAUAUCUUAGUUCUUUGAGCCAUGUAUUGUGUGUACAUUUCUAUGCACACAAAUGUACACCCAUAUUAAUACAGGGAGAUGUGAUUUACAGACCAACAUCUAAUAUCUAGUGACAACUAGAAGUGAUCAUUUAUAUCUUCAGAAAUAUAACUGAACCGAAAAUAGCAAAUGCUGUCACUGUUCCUCACACACAAAUACUCAAAGAGAAUGACCAAACGAAACACGAAGUGUUACAUAGAAAUUUUGGGGACCACCCAGGCCCCUAUAAAUCUGGUAUUUUGAAGCCUUCCCAAACAUCGAUGUUUCCUGCUUUUGGAACAGAAGGGGAGGCCUACUAUUAUUUCUAUUCCAGGAGGUUGAGUGGGAGAAACAUACAACACUGGAAAAAGAUGUUUAACUGGAAACUCUCACUGUGUUCUUUGUGUUAUUCUCCUACACAACCCUUUACAUGCUGUGUUCAUGCUAAGAUCAAAAGAAUGCAGGUAAUACCAAAUCCCAAUGUUUGAAGCCCCACCCCCACCCCAGGGCCCAAAUGGAGUGGUCAGGGCUUAGCAGAAGGAAGAGAAGGUUUGGGAGAUAGUACACCAUGAAACAAAUGAAAGAAGGGGUGCUCAAGCUGAGGUCUUUGAAAUUUGAAGUAUCCUUGUUUAUAAAACUGAGAACACGAUCAAGUGCUCUCUCAAACAUGCAUGUCACCACUGUAUUCAUAUAUGGGAUAUGGGUGUGGGAGGGUGGAGACAAGUGAGUUGUCUCCCAGGAAAAUUUAAUUGCCUUGCAAUUAAUUUAAAGAAGUCAGCAUUAUCCGGUGGUAAAUUCCUGUGGUACAAUUACUACUGAUAUGUCCCUGUGCUGUAUCCACAGACAGUAGUUCAAACACUGCCAGGAUCAUCUCAGAAGCUUGCUAGGGGCCUGCUGUACUUCCAACGGUUCUUUCAGUCUCUGUAGUUUGGAACAGAUGUGCUGUGUGUGAGGGUGUGUGAAUGGGGAUGACAAGUAGGCAGAUGGGCCGUCUGAUGAAUGGUACUUUGCAUAGAUGCAAAUCUCAGAAUGGCUAUUGGCUGUGCAUUAGCCCACGAAUGGCUGCCAGAGGGCUUUGGAUAUUGUGUCUCCUAGAAGAUCCUGGAGCAUGUGGUAAAAUAAAAUGCUGUCAGCCUCUCUUCUCCUCUCCCUCGCCCCCGCAAUUCAUUAGCCAAGACUGGGUGCUCAGCUCAUCAAAAGGUAAACAUUAGGCAUUCAAUACAUCAGUGAUAGUGAUCUUGUUAUUUCCCAGGUGUGUUAUUUAUUUAGAUGUUGGUUUUCUACAAAUUCCUGACAUACAUUUAACAAGACACAAGUAUCACCUCUUCCUUGAAGUUUUAUCUCCGAAAGAACCUGGUACUUCUUUCUCUAGGUCCAGGGCCAGAUUUAUAAGCAAGCAGCAUCAAUGGUGGGCUGCUUCAGUUAUUGGGGGUGCCACUGGAAACAACCACCAUGCUCUAUCUUUUUAUUAACCUAGCAUAUAAAAAUUUGUCCUGCUGUUCCAGGGUUUUACCAGUUUAUACAUAUAUACUAGAAGAAUGUAACAUUUUCCAGAUUUAAAACAGGAAUGUGGGGUAGGUCUAUGUUAGAUCACAGCACGUUUCAACAGAGGAGCUGCUCUUAUAUGUCAGAAUUUGGACCUCUCAGAUGUGAAAACCCAUUGAGGCCAGAAAGCAAGUUAAGCAAAAUAAUGUUCUUACCAUAAGGCCAACUGUUGGUGCCAUUGAAGUUAAUGACAAAACCCUUGCUGACAUCAAAGGGCCCCUAGUCUUGAGACUUCCUUUGCUGAGUUAGAAGAUUUGCCUCUAUCUGUAAAAAACCUCCAUUGUACUGUGUAAACUACAAAGAUUAAUCCACAAUUUCAUGUCAAGCUGAAACUUUUGGCAGCACCUUCAGCUUGUAAAAGUCUUGCAGUUCUCAGUACGCCCUCCUCUGCACCAUCUCAUAGCAUCUGGCAGAUUCUCUGAUUCACAUUACCCUUAAUGAUCCUCUGGAAACAGAAAACCAUGCACUAGAAUGAAAGACCUGAAUUUACCAUUAGGCAUAGGGAAUUCCAGAUGGCUGCAUUUGUAAUGUAAACUAUUAAUGUGCGAGGGAAUAGGAAGAUUCUGCACUAAAAUGAAUGAUAAAUGCUGGUGAUUGUAGGGGCUUUCCUGACAGAACAAAUGAUUGAUAUGGAGAAAAGAAUCAAAUGCACCAAAAUGGGAACCACAUGGCCUCUAUAAAUCUGGUAUUUAUAACUGUUCCCCAACACCUAGCUGUAUCAUGCUUUUGGAACAGAAGGGGAGGUCCAAAUAGAAGUGUGUACUCACUAGGACCAAUUCUGAUCUCAUGUACACUGGAUUUCCAUUAGCAUAGUGGUUAAUGGAAGUUACCAGUGUGAGAUCAGAAUCAGGUCCUCAGACUAUACCAAAUAUUUGUUUAUACUAUAGCAGAUAUAUCUCUAAUGUGUACCACUAUGGAGGACUAUUUGCUGGUUAUAUUCAUCAGCCAGUGGUUUCUGACUGGAGGCCUCAUAUUUUUCAUGUGGAGUUGCUGAAGGGGCUGUGUUUACAGAAUGGAGAGUUAAGCACUUGGGAGCCCUGCCACCACUCAGCAUACUUUUAUGAGUUUAGCUACUCUAAAAAUCAUCCCAAGGCAAAUGGUGACAUUAAAAGCUUUGAACAAUAUCAAGUGAUAUCUGUAAUGUAUGGAAAACAGAACUGGCAUUACCCUCUCAUCCUUCUCAGCCAUUCUUACUUCUCCAGCACUGCUGCUCUCCUUUAUGCCAAAAGAUUUAGCUGCAAUCUCACUGUGUUCAACUCAUGCAAACUAAAUCCACCUCCCCAUUGACCUGUUCACCAUCCUGCUGAAACUGAAAUGUAUGAGCCUCACUCAAAGGUUCUUUACCAGAAUUGUUGCCACUUGACCCAGUUUCAAUGCCCCGGAUGCAACUAUUUUGCUGGCUGGGAGGAGUGUUGCAUGAGAGCUAAAAUCUCUUUGCUGUUGCGGUUUCCCCCAGUCCUAAUGAUUACCAGUAAAGCUCACUUGUACAGUUUGGAUGUUUGAUAGAUAAAGCACGGUACAAUAAAAAUGAAAAAAACAAUACUAAAAAACUCAGCACUGUGCAUUCAGUGUUUUUUUCCUUUCUGGCUUAAAAGAAGGAAGGUAAAUAAUGUCAAGUCAAUGAAUAUCAGAUAUAUUUUUUGACUGUACAUUAUAGUGAAGUGUUGUUUUAUUUUACAACUGCGAGUCCAUCUUAUUUAUUCUUGUAAAUGUUCCCAGACAAUGUUUGUAAUAUGGGCUGUGUUGCAAAUCCAUACAAUAAAUCUGUGAUCCAAGAUGAAUGGUUUACUAAGA